AUGACAAGAAGAAAAUCAAAAGUAAAAUUGAAGAGCACUGCGAACACUCAAGGGGGAAAGUCCACCUCCAUCCAAGGUUGCAGCCAAAUCGUACGAGCUGAGAACCAAAUAAUUCGCUUUAUGUGGGCCACGUAUCUGUGUUUCACCACCCUCUUCCUCCACAUUUCCAUUAUGAAGUUGGUGUAUGAGUAUAUGGAGCAUGCGGUGAAUAUUCAAACCUACAACGAUAUGGAUCCGCCAAUAACCUUUCCCACCGUUACAUUUUGCAACCAUCAGCCAUUCUCAGCACGUGCCUACGAGCUGUGGGGCAACAAAUCUCUCAUCUCCCCCACCCACUUUAACCAACUCAUUCGUCAGCGAGCAGCCAAGCUGCUGGCUCAAUCGGUGGAGAUUCCGAAGAUUGACAAUGAGAGUGUACGUCUCCUUGAUCGUGAUCAUCUGUUGGAGUUUCUAAGACAGGCAAUUGUCUACGAUACCCUUCCUCUCUACUACCAAAGCCUUCCAUGGCCGUCGCAUCUGCAGCUUGGACAUAGCUCAAAGCAUCUGAUUGCUCUCUGGCUAUUACGGUACAGCAGCAAUGUGGAAAUCGUGAAGGAGUAUUCUCAGCACAUUAAAGAAUUGGGUCUGGUGUUAUGGUUGGGUCCCGACGAAAACUACGGUAAGAAGGAUCGCCAGGCUUUCCUAUUUGGUCUAUUCAACCAGGCCUACGGACUGCGUGUGUCAAUCCACGAACCUGGUCAGAUGGCUAAUUUGAAUUGGCAUAGUUUUCAGGUCGCACCGGGUUGA